AUGAACACUUUUAUACGCAGCUGCCGGACUCAGCUGGUCGCUGACACUGUCGCCAUCACGUUCUUACUCGUUGUUCAAAUCGUCCUGGUUUAUUUGCUGUGGAUGAAAGACCAUUUCUUUAUCCCUCCAGAACUCCUCAUCGCUGGAUUCAUCCAAACGGUGCUGGUUACACUUUUUCUUCAGGUCGUUGUAGUCGUCCAACUGCUCCUUGUUACCUGGGGUAUUUUUGGUUUCUGCACUCAUCAGGCAAAAUCCAAGGGCGAUAAAGGAUGUCGAGCGGAUGUCAAGGAUCUCUUCUUCGGAAUAUUAUACAUCCCAUUCUGCCUCAGCGGCGCCUUUUUGACUGCCACUGCAUCGCGUCCGUGGUCUACGAGGCCCUUGGAAGGAGGCGCCGAAAUUUUUGUCAGAACUGUACCUCUGACACUGGUGGUCUUCACUGUCAUCCCAGGAGUUUAUGUCGUCUAUCAUGGCUCACAAAGUCCAUUGUUGCGUUAUCCCACCCGGACCACACGUUCUUCUGUCUCUCCCGCUGCGCUUGGUACUGCCAGGAUUGGAAUUUUCGUUGGACAUGACCUGAAGCUUGUCGUUACGGGAUUACUGCUCUUACCUUUGUACAUCCUAUUGAGUCUGUAUCCCUACGGUCCUUUCGUGCUGUUCAAAAUCUCAAAAAUUCAAACAGUCAUGGACCUGGGCAAAUUAAUGACAAUCAUCACUUUUGUCCUUGCGACCUUGACUGGCGCUGGCAUCAUAAUUUUGCUGUGCGUCAUGGGGAUUCAGGGCAUGAGGAGGCAGAGGCUCGGAAAGAGGUUGCGGAGGCAGCAGGAGAUGAACCUGGAUAUUUUACAUGAGCCUUCGCUACUAAUAGCGAGUAUAUCAUAA